AUGGCUUCUGGUCAAGAGGUGGAUGCUACUAAGGAGGUGCCUAUUGUUGGCAAUGAAGGAGAUAAUGCUGCUGCUGCUGCUGACAUUGAUCUCAACCUUGAGGACUUCGUGGACCUGCAGACCACUCUCCAGUUCGUGCAAGAUCAGCUCAAGAAGCAAGAGAAAUACAUCUCUGUGCUUCAGACUCAGUACAGGGAGAUCCGGCGUGGAAACCUCUACCAGCCUGCUCCUGCAGCAGAGCGAGUCGCCAACGCCGCUAACAGCCGUGCUGCACCUGCUGAUGCACCUCCUGGUGUUCCUCCUCCUACUGGAGCACGUGCUGAGCCUCCUACUGCAGCAGCAACUGCUUCUGGCUCUUGGCCUUCGGCCCUGCCUCGUUUUGUCCACGGCAAAACUGACGUUGAGACUUGGCUCUCCAUUGCGGAGGACUUUAUGUCCAUCCACAAUGUGGGUAGCGAGGCUCGCGUGGUCGCUGCGACCCUUGCCCUGGACGACACAACGAGCAAGUUGGUGUAUGCCAACAAGCGCCACGCAGAGGCUAAUGGCCAUCCUUUUGGCUGGGAGGAGUUCAAAGCUGCCAUGCUGGCGGCAUUCCUGAGUCAGCCCCCGGCGCUCGAGGUGCAUAGCCGCCUGGAGAACAUCCAGUGCGGUGACCAGCCUGUACGCGAGUACGCCAAGGAUUUUGAGAAAACUCUGUCGUUGCUGAAGACUGCUCUUCCUGAGAGCGAGGUCAUCCACCAGUUCUUAAAGGGACUCCCUGAGCACAUCAAGCGUGUGCAUGUUGUGCGUGGGGAGCACCAGUGGAGGACCUACAAGGAGUGCAAGGAGCAGGUCAUUGAUACGGAUGUCAAUUUCCGUGCGUACAUGACUCACGCUCGUGCUCAGCAGCAGCCUAGUGCCAAAGGCCUUAGGGGGGGUGGUAGCAGGACUCAGGCGCACAGGAGCGAUGGCUCUUGGAAGAGGCCCUAUCAGCAGAAGGGGGAAUCCUCUGGGACUCAGUCCAAGAGGGCCCAUGCUGGGUCUGCCAAGGAUCCUCAGGAUGAGGAUAAGCCCCCGGCGGGUUGCCGCAUUUGUGGCAAGCUCGGCCACAAGUCCUAUCAUUGCUGUUGGAGGAAGUCCAUCAAGAACUCCGGCAAGCCCAACCAGGGCAAGAAGCCGGAUGGAUCUGGCCCUUCGGGCUCGAAGGAUUUUCCGAAGUCCAACUAG